GGAAGAUAAAGCCGGAGGAACGGCGGCGGGCGGGCAGGCAGGCAGGCUGGAAGGAUGGCGGCCGAGCCGGUGGGGACGGUGGAGUCGCUCUUCAGCCGCAACAAGGAGGAGCACCCGGAGCCCAUCAAGGCAGAAGUGCGGGGCGAGAUCCCCAGCUGGAUGGAGGGCAUCCUUCUGCGCAAUGGUCCGGGCAUGCACACCGUCGGGGAAAGCAAAUACAACCACUGGUUCGACGGCCUGGCUCUGCUGCACAGCUUUACGAUCAAAAACGGUGAGGUUUUCUAUCGAAGCAAAUACCUCCGCAGUGACACCUACAAGUGUAACAUUGAAGCAAACAGGAUUGUGGUGUCAGAAUUUGGGACGAUGGCUUACCCUGAUCCGUGUAAGAACAUAUUCGCCAAGGCUUUCUGUUAUCUCUCCCACACAAUACCUGAGUUCACAGACAACUGCCUCAUCAAUAUCAUGAAAAACGGUGAUGAUUACUAUGCUACCAGUGAGGUCAAUUUCAUUCGAAAGAUCAAUCCGCGGACUCUGGAGACGCUGGAGAAGGUCGACUACUCAAAAUACUUUGCCAUCAACCUGACAACAUCCCAUCCCCAUUAUGACAGUGCCGGGAAUAUUCUCAACAUGGGCACUUCCAUCGUGGACAAAGGGAAGACAAAAUAUGUGAUCUUUAAAAUUCCACCUUCGGCGCCAGAAAGUGAAAAGAAGAAGAAGAAGACCUGCCUGAAAUAUCUGGAAGUCAUGUGUACCAUCCCCUCCCGUUCCCUCUUGAACCCAAGCUAUUAUCACAGCUUUGGCGUGUCAGAAAAUUACGUCCUUUUCGUAGAGCAGCCAUUCAAACUGGAUAUACUCAAGAUGGCGACAGCCUACAUCCGAGGGGUGAGCUGGGCCUCCUGCCUCGUCUUCCAGAAAGACGACAAGACCUGGAUCCACCUCAUUGACAAAAGGACCAAAAAAGUCCUCCCUACCAAGUAUUACACAGACGCGCUGGUCCUCUUCCAUCACGUGAACGCUUACGAGGAGGACAACCACGUGGUUUUAGACAUCAUCUCCUACACCGACAACAGCCUCUACCAAAUGUUCUAUCUCAAGAACUUGAAUAGUAACUUUGAGGACAACAUGAAGCUCACUUCCAUCCCAACCUGCAAGAGGUUUGUGCUUCCUCUGCAGUGUGACAAGGACACUGAAGUGGGCUCGAAUUUGGUCCGACUCCCAUCAACAACGGCGACCGCUGUGAAGGAAAAAGACGGCUGCAUCUACUGUCAGCCUGAAAUCUUAUGUGAAGGGAUGGAACUGCCUCGCAUCAACUAUGACUACAAUGGGAAGAAAUACCGAUACAUUUUUGCCGCAGAGGUGAAAUGGAGCCCUGUUCCCACACAGGUAGUGAAAUUUGACAUCGUGACGAAGCAGAGACUUCACUGGGAAGAAGAGCAUUGUUGGCCGGCUGAACCUGUCUUUGUUCCUAGCCCGAAUGCCAAGGAAGAGGAUGAUGGAAUCAUUUUGUCAACUAUUGUGACGUCGGACCCUCAGAAGCUGCCUUUCCUGCUGAUUUUGGAUGCCAAAACAUUCACGGAAAUAGCACGGGCGACCGUCAAUGUGGAACUCCACCUGGAUUUACACGGGAUCUUCAUACAUGAGAAGGACUUGCCACUGGAGCAUGAGGUAGACCUAGACAAAGACGAAGAUUAAAGGAAUGUUCCGUCUUGUAAAACAAAGGACAUGGAUGAAGCUGCUUGCGAAGAAUUUGUUUAUACGCCAGUCCUCGCCAGAUAUACCUACGUAUUUCAACCAAUAUAAAUGGCCCAGUUCUGGGCACUGUGCUGGCACAGUGAUCUCUAUAUAUGUGAAACCUUAGCACUUACUGUUUGGUGCUACAAAAUGAAGGGUAGACAGAGUCCAUAGCUAUAUUUGCACUAUGGCACUAAGGAGAAUGUUGUAUGUAUUACCAACGCCACACACUUGAGUCGCUAGGUAUUCCAGAUGGGAGUUGGAUUUCUUGGGCUACAAAACCCAUAAUUCCUCAUUUUGGGAGUCCUACUUAACAAACACCUAAUUGUGGCUCACCUGGGAGAAAAGGCCUAAAGUAGCAAGCUUUGAGGUUUAGCUAGGCCUAGCUCUGCUCAGUUUCCUGUCAAAAAAAAGAAAGAAAGCUCCCAGCUAGCAGCAUGGCAGGAAGAAGAAGCUUGAAUGGAGCUAGGCCUCAAAGCCUUCACAUAUAGGUGUCUGCAAGUCAGAUAGAACAACAAUGGGGAAUUAUGGGCUUUGUCAUCCAAGAAAUA